AAGUGGAAAGGACAAAAUAACCCAAGAAAGAGAGAACUUCAUAAAAAAAUCAUAAAAUUUUCAAACUUCCUCUCUUUGGAUCUUGAUAUAAAUUCAAUUUUUUAACCCCCAAAAUUGUAAUUUCGAGGCCCCUGCAGCUGCAAGUCUUAGCUCUGUUUUCCUCAAUUAUCUUUUGGCAGGUUAGAUUCUAGGAAAUGGGUUCCCAACGAGGCAUGAUUAAUCGUAGGAAUUGUCCUUUCAACUUCAAAACCCUAAUCUCUUCCCUUUCUUCUCCACAGGGUUUAAAACCAGAAACAAUGGAAGGAUUGUAUUUGCUACUGCUUAAUUUAAGCUGCUCCAAUUCUGAAUCCAAUUUGAAUUUCUCUGAAACCGAAUUCAAUUUGAACGAGUUCAAAGUCAAAUUCAAAGAUAUUCAUGAAAUAUCAAAUGUCUUAUUCAAUAAACUCAAUGCAAAGUUCAAUGAAUUAUUCUCUGCUUUGAAUGAUGUUUCUGCCCACCCGGUACGCGCACAAUCUAUCUUCCAUGUCAAUGUUAAAGCCACCAUUAAAGAUCUAACCUUGCUUUUGAGAUGUUGCGUUGCUGUUUUCAAGUUGCUUGUGUUGGAUCAGAAGCUUGUUGUCGAAAAGGGUCUAAUUCUGUUAGGGAUUCUAAGGAGAUGUGUUUCUGUGGAGUCAAAGAGAAGGAAUAGGAAAAGCUGUAGUGGUUUGAAAAAUAAGGUUUCACAUGAACGUCUGUAUGUGGAUGGUGGUGGUACUAUUUUUCUUGCUGAGCACUUGGUUACUUCCAUAAGUUUCGCGGAACCUGCUAAUCCAUUCCAUGAAAUUUUAUGUGCUGUGCUUGAGGUAUUUGCAGAUGAGCUUCUGAUGCAUAAAUCAGUGAGACAGUACAUUUUGCUUGCUGAUUCUCUCUACUGCGUGAAUGAAUUUCUAUUUGUACAUCACUUUGGCCCUGGUAAUAUUGGAAGCGUGCUGGAAGUUAUUUCUGCUCACUUUAUACUCUCCAUUUCUGAUGACCAAGCAUUUUAUAAUUUCCUUUAUAGAUUAUUUUGGCUUCCUGACAAUAACUUCAGAGUUCCUGAAGUGACAUUGACUACAGCCUUGUCAUUGCUGCUUAAUCCCAUCAUGUUGUCUGCACCCAAAAUGUUUCAGGCAUAUUUGAUUUUAUUGGUUUCUGAGGUCAUUGGAAUUAGCAUGUCUUCUGAUCAUAUGAUAUCAAGCAGUGAACUGAGAUCAUACCUAUUGGCAUUUGAAAGGUCAGUUGCCUUGUAUACCAGACACAUGUCCAAUUUGCACACAAAAGGUUACCCCUUAGUAGAUGAUGAUUCUUUUGUAAAAUCACAUUUUCGUGCAAGUUACGGUCAGAUGGACUUUGAAUCUUGUCUUUUGCCAGCCACAAAAGAGAAAAUUCAUAAUCUGAUCAGUAAAUGUGAUAACUUAUGGAAUUCAUAUUUGAGCAAUAUUUUACGAAAAACUAGGUCUGACCUGGUGGCUUUCUCUGUUUCAUACGCAAAAGAGAGCCUGCAUGUCUUUGAGGAAUCCUCUAGAGAUGAAAUUCUAUCAAUCUUAAGCUGCAUAAUACUCAGGAGUUCUUCUGAUGAUGUCGAUGACACUGUGCUGCAUAAAAAGGAAGAUACUAGUCCCCAAGAUAUUUGUCUUCUUGCAUGUAUAUUGAAGCUAAUGAGUGGUACAAUGUUACAAGCUAUAAGGAUUCUAACACAAGGCAGAAAUUCAGGUUCUUUGAAAACAUUCAAAAAUGUUGUGUUAAGUAAGGAGUACGACUUUUUGGUGGCUAUUUCUAGUUGUUUUCAAAAGUUUGGUGUACGUCUACCAGUUCAAAAGUUCUUACGUGACGUGAUGGAAAUUCAGCCAACAAGGCAUAAGAAGUCAAAGUGGAUGCUUUUUCAUUUUUCAGGCUUGUUGUCACUAAGUUAUGCUAGCCGGCUUGAUUUUCUAGUUAAGAACUGCUUAUUUACAUUGAUGAUGCUGUUGAAUUUAUUUGUUCUUGAAGCGGGUAAUUUACACGCAUUGGAAUCGUUACUUGGCUCAGGGAUAAAGUCUUCAUCACAUAAAUCUCAUGUUAAAUUAGGAAAAUCUGAAUCUUGCCAUAAAGCAAGAGAGGUUAUCGUGGAUCAAAAAUCUAGCCAUGCUGUUGCACUAAAAUUUCAGAAAAUUCAGACAUUGUACUUGGGAAUGAAUUCUCGGACGAGUUUUAAGAAAAGAGCUCAAGAGCAGGAACUAGGAAGUUUAGGAAAUGCCCAUAUUGUGAAUCAUGUUGACUCAGCUCUCAGCAUAGAAGAGAAUACAGGGGAGACUUGCAAUGGUGAGAUUUUUCUCAGGUGCAUGUUAGAAGGCACCGAGAAUUCAUCUGAUGUUGCUGAUUUAGCAGACUUCGUUGAGUGCAAGCAGGGGAAAGAUUAUUCUGACUGGUUGAGGGGUCGACGAAAAUUUAGACGGUGGAAAUCUGAGAAAAUGGCAAAUAUCAGGUGGCAAAAAAGGAGAAUUUUUCAGAAGAGAGCAUAGUUUUUUCUCAUUAAAAAAACUUUUACGGGGAACAACUAAAACCAUUGCAACAACUGCUUGCAUAGACUGUCAUCCUGGACAGCCUAACUCUUAACAGGAAGGUACAAACUCCAAUUGCAUGUUCCUGAUGCAACAAAAGUUGCAAUUCCGAUAGUUUCUUAUCAUUGCAACAGCAUGAAAGAGUAUGUAAUUAUCUUUUUUUUUUUUUUUUUUAGGGAUGCAUAUUUUUAUGUUAGUGACUGCAUAUUUUGAAGGCUUAUUUAACUAGGAAUAUUUUACCCCACAUUGCAAACUGUCUUUUUAGUUUGAUGCUUUGACUAGACACAGUGGAGUGGGAAGAAACCCCAAAACAUGUCAUGUGUAACCGAUUUCACCUUCAAAACUGUUAUACCUUCGCUGCGUCAUCACCGAACACCUUUACUGCCACGUCGCUAGCAUCUACACAUGAUUUUAAGGCAGCCAAUCGAUAUUAAGCCAAUCAAGCCAUCAUUCAUGAAAUAUAAAAAGAAUAUGAUUAGGCAUGCAACAUUCUUUUUACUUUGGGCAUUCUUUUGUUUUGCUCCUUCCUCUCCUUGACCUCCUCUCCAUAUGUCUUACAAGUUCACUUACUCUGUUCUUAUUAAUCAAUAUGAAAGAAAGAAAAAAAAUGGAAUAAUUUUAAAAUGGAGAAAAAGUAAGGAAAGGUGGUCUUUUUUGUUUUUUUUUUUAAAUAUGAUCUUAUUAGUAUAUAUUGAUGAUUUUAUAAUAUGAUUUUUGUACUUCAAUUAAA